GAAGAGUUCUGCACUUUGUUCCUUCCCUGGCACACCUCUCUCUGCAUUCCUUCCAUCUCCUGACAUUCUCCACUCCUGUCUCUGUGUUUUAAAACCGGUGUAGGAAGUGUGCAUGCUUGUGGCAUCAGACUCCGGGCCAUGUUUUUCGUGACUCCCAUCUUGGUAGCCAUUCUCUGCAUUUUGGUUGUGUGGAUCUUUAAAAAUGCUGAUAGACACAUGGAGAAAAAGAAGGGGGAGCCUAGAGCCAUAGCCGAGGCUCGCCCCUGGGUGGAUGAAGACUUAAAAGACAGCAGUGACCUGCACCAAGCAGAAGAAGAUGCUGAUGAAUGGCAAGAAUCAGAAGAAAGUGUUGAACACAUCCCCUUCUCUCAUACCCACUAUCCUGAGAAGGAAAUGGUUAAGAGGUCUCAGGAAUUUUAUGAACUUCUCAACAAGAGACGGUCAGUCAGGUUCAUAAGUAAUGAGCAAGUUCCGAUGGAAGUCAUUGAUAAUGUCAUCAGAACGGCAGGAACAGCCCCGAGUGGGGCCCAUACAGAGCCCUGGACCUUCGUGGUUGUGAAGGACCCAGAUGUGAAGCACAAGAUUCGAAAGAUCAUUGAGGAGGAAGAGGAGAUCAACUAUAUGAAAAGGAUGGGACAUCACUGGGUCACAGAUCUCAAGAAACUGAGAACCAACUGGAUUAAAGAGUACUUGGAUACUGCCCCUAUUUUGAUUCUCAUUUUCAAACAAGUACAUGGUUUUGCUGCAAAUGGCAAGAAAAAAGUCCACUACUACAAUGAGAUCAGCGUUUCCAUUGCUUGUGGCAUCCUGCUAGCUGCCCUGCAGAAUGCAGGUCUGGUGACUGUCACUACCACUCCUCUCAACUGCGGCCCUCGACUGAGGGUGCUCCUGGGUCGCCCCGCACAUGAAAAGCUGCUGAUGUUGCUCCCCGUGGGGUACCCCAGCAAGGAGGCCACAGUGCCUGACCUCAAGCGCAAACCUCUGGACCAGAUCAUGGUGACGGUGUAGGCAGGGCCGCCCAAGGGAGUGGCAGGGAGACGGCGCCCCUGCUUCUCCCUGCGCCUCUCACCUGCUCCUCUCAGGUCUCUUGGCUGCUCUUUCUCCGGGUGUCAGGUUCCCUCAUUGCUCUUUUUGGGUGGCCACACUGCGUCAAGAAGCCUCUCCACACUCUGUGGGCUUCCAGUCGCAUAAGUCCCGUUUCUUAUCCACUUUGGAAAUGCAUGAACGCUUCACAAAGAACAUGCCCUGGUUUUUACAUUUUAAAAGUUACUCUAGAAAAUCACUGUUGGCUUUUUUCUUGUAUUUUUAAAAAACUCACAAGAGGAGACAAUCAGAAACUUACCAUAAAUAAUUUAGCUACAUGAUGACUCGAAUUUAAAUUUAGAUUAAUCAACUGGUCUCCUGCUCUCUGACUUCUGGUGUCUUUUAGACAAAGGAUAUGCUUUUGAGAACUACUUUUUCAAAAGUUCAGUUUCAAAACUGAACUUCAGGGACACUCUGCUAGUUUUGAAUAAGUAACCAUCAAAGUUACUGAAACAUGGCCAAGUGCAGUGACUCAUGCCUGUAAUCUUAGCACUUUGGGAGGCUGAGGUGGGCAGAUUGCCUGAGCUCAAGAGUUCGAGACCAGACUGGCCAACAUGGUGAAUCUCCAUCUCUACCAAAAAUACAAAAAAAUUAGCUGGGCAUGCACUUGUAAUCCCAGCUACUCAGGAGGCUGAGGCAAGAGAAUUGCUUGAACCCAGGAGGCAGAAAUUGCAGUGAGCCAAGAUGCUGAGAUGCCAUCACUGCACUCCAGCCUGGGCAACAGAGUGAGGCCCUGUCUCAAAAAAAACAAAAACAAAGUUACUAAAAUGUCACCUUCACAGAACAGGACAGGGUACACUUGGGUCGCACGGGCCUGGCUGGCAUGUAAACGGUCAGUUGCACUGCCUAGUGGCGUGGUAGAUCUGAUUGUAGCAUUCAUAGAAGCUGCUAACUACUCAAGAAUCUUGCAAGACAGUUAUUAAACAUUCAUAGCUUGAAAUUGCCCAUGGUGGGAGAAUUUACAUCACAACCACUACAAAUCAGGGCGUGCUUUCUUUUACUUCAAGAGAGCUGCUUACCAUACACAGCACCCACAGUCUCCCUUCUCUUUUACCCCACCCCAUGAAACAUACUGACCCCUUUUCUCCAGACGAUAGCACAGCUGUUUGGGCCUGAUAGGGUCACAGGUGCCAGGUUGGGAAUGCCAGAUGUAGUCUUCACCCAUCACCUUCUGUCAUCCUCCCAGGGUUGUUGUAUACAGAGGCAAACUCUUACAGCUUGGAUGAUUUCUCAUCAAGCAAUUCUACUCACCUCUUCAUCCCCUUCCACUAUGCUUUUCUUCUUGUUGUCCUCAUUUGCCUUGAGAAAACUCUCUCUAUAAAAAAUUUCCAUAGAGUAUGUGGAUUAUAAACAACAGAAAUUCGUUUCUCACAGUUCUGGAGGCUGGAAGUCCAAGGUCAGAGUGCCUGCAUGGUCAGGUGCUGGUGAGGACCCUGAUCUGGGUUGUAGGCUGCUGACUUCUCAUUGUGUCCUCAUGUGGUAGAAAGAGGGUUGGAGCCUCUGGCAUGCCUUUUAUAAGGGCACUAAUCCCAUCAUGAGGCCCCACCCUCAUGCCCUCAUCACCUCCCAAAGGCCCCCCUCCUAAUACCGUCACAUUGGGGGUUAGGGUUUCAACAUAUGAAUUGCGGGGACACAAACAUUCCGUCCAUGGCACCUACUUUAUAGGGUUUGGCAUGCUGCUUGGUACAUGCUUAACAUUUGUAAAUGGUGGGUGCCCUUACUGUGGUAGACACUAUUGUCAUUGCAAGGCAGCCCUGCUUGGGAUUCAGGUGAGCAAAGGUAACAUGGGUGAGUGAGGGACUCCCUCCUCUUCAGAGAAGCCCUCCUGUGGCUCAGGGGCAGCCGCAAGGCCAGAUGGAGUUGGCCUGCAGGGACUCAGCCUUACCCCAUCAGAGACCAACUUGAAGGAUGUUUUUCUCUGUGUAGUUAUCAAUCUGAUAUGCAGCCAGGUUACUUACUUCUGAAGCAUCGGAGUUGUUGAUUGCCACUGCCCCGUGGUUCUCACUCUUUGCAGGAACUCUUUAAAUUUUUAUUUUAAAAAUUACAAUGGAAACGUCUGGUUAUCACCUUAACCAAGUGACAAGGUCCUAGCACACCAUUAAUGGUAGGAUAACUGACAUUAGGUGUUCCUGUUGGGAUGCAUUAUGAAGCAUUGCUUCCAAAGAUGUCAAUGGAAACUAAUCAAGUCUUACACCUAACUUUCAGUUUACAGUAAAUACAGAGGAUAAAGAAGUUAAUGGCAUGGUGGAAUAACCAAAAUGUGCGUCAUUUUACAAGAAAUCGGCCUGGACUCUUUAAGGAGUGAGUGUCACUGUGGGAAGAAUAAGAGGGGGACUGUCCUGUCCUUGCUACUCAAAGGGUGGGCCUGGGCCCAUAGCAUCAUUGGGACCACCUGGGCGCUUGUUAGACUCAAAGAUUCUCAGGCCUCACUUAGACAUCCAAAAUUAAAAUCUGCAUUUUAACAAGAUCCCCAGGUGAUCUGCAUGUCUGUUAAUGUCUGAGCUCUGUUUCAGAUAACCAGAGACCCAACAACCAAAGGCAAAAACAUAAGCCUUGAUUGGAUUUUGUUUUAGGAAAAAAUCUCAUAGGUAUAAAAGACAACUGGGAAUGUUGAAUGUGGAUCUAGUGGUAGGUGAUAUUGUUAGUGAUGUGAGUGAUGCAUGCUGAAGUACUGAGAGAUGAAGCAUAAUAUUGACAACUUACCCCAGGAAAAAAGAAGGUGUCUGUAUAUGUGUGUGUUCGGAGAGUGUGAGCGAGAACUAACACGGUAAAAUGUUAGAUGGAGCAGAUAGCGUUCUCAUUAUACUCUUAUUUUAAAUUUAUGUUUGAACACAGUCAAAUCUGAAUGGAAAUACAUGUAAAUAAGCAUUUCUUUCAGUCAUAUAAAUAAUUUGCCUAAAAACGCCCUCUAAAUCCAUCAUUAGGUUAAACAAUUUACUGAAGGUGCAGAUAUUAUGCUUAUUUCAUUGGGUUGUUUUGGAAUGUCCCCUAGUUGGAUAGUUUGAGGCAUGAAAAUGAGAAUCAGAGGAGAAAUAAGGCCAGAAGCUCACAUUGCUUGCAGGGAACCAACUGAGUAAUCAAGAAGAGGAAGGCAGCCCUGGGAAGGAACGUAAAAUCCAUUUCAGCCUGCCCCUUGGAAUGGAGGGUCUUCUAGGGACCGGAAACACCAGACACUUCUUCUGCCCCAAGCACACCCCACACUAAUUUCUGCUGCAGCAUCACCAUCAGGGCAAAUCAGUACAGCCCCCCAGCCAUCAGUGGUGUCUAGAAAAGUAAAGAUAAUUUUCUUCCUUCUCUCUGCAGCCUCAAGCUCUUACUAACCUUCUUUUAUGUGUUCAUAAAUGUUGUCAUGUGACAACUGUGCUCAAAGUUAGAAAUAGUGGUCUGGCAGGCUUAUAGAUCCUCUUCCUGUUUUGAGGCCUUAAAACAGAAAAAAUAAUGGAAUGAUUGCAUCACUGCGAGGAAGUAUAUUUACUUAAGAAACUUGAAAAUGGUUUGUGUUUUACUGAUAGGACUCACCUGAAGACUCCACUUUGCCGAGAGGGAAUUUUUAACUGAAAGCUGUGUUAGCCAGCACAGGGUAGAGCCAUGGUCCUCAUACUUGCUGGCAUCACUCAUGUAGGGGUCUGUUAAAGCACAGAUUGCUGGGCUGCACCCUCAGGGUGUGUGAUUCAGCAGGGCUGGGUGGUGCCAAAAUGUUCCGUUUCUAAUGUAUUCCCAGGUGUUGCUGAUGCUGGUGAUUGGGUACCACAUUUUGAGAACCAUGGGGCAUUGGCAAUCAACAAAUGCAAUGCUUGUGACUUGACAUGAUAAAAAUUCAUUUGUUGGGCAGGCAAAGUCCCCUGUGGGCCUGGAAACCCUCCGAGACAAUUACUUGCAUGGGGUAACCCAAUAAUCCGGUGGGAUGCACCUUCCAGGGCAUGGCUGCCUCCUUCCUAGAGGCAGCAGGGGGAGGAAACACUGGAAGAGCUCACCCCAACAAUUCCUUCCUACGCUGGCCCAGGAGUGACCUCCUCACUCUCAUAACCCUUUGGCUAGAAUUAGUCAUGUGACCUCACAGGAGGUGGAGCAAUGUCAUCAAUGUUAUCCCCCUGCACCUGCAAGGAAGGGGGCCCAGAAGUGUGUAGGUGCUGGAUGUCUCUUCCCCAAAACAGCUAACUCUGAAUUUAGAAAAUAAAACUGGAUAUAACAAACAAAAAAAGGAGGGGAGAAGGAAAGUUGAAGAAAUUGGUGAAAUCAGAAUAGGACAGUGAAAAGCAUAAAGAUUUUCUUUGGAAACACUAAGAUCGGUUGAUAUUUGUCUAAUACAGCUUUAAAUAGAGUAUCACUUUGGGCCAAAGAAAAUCGAUACAAACAUACAUAAAGUGGAACUAAGAUUGACUUCUUCCUAGACAUCCCUGCCUCUGCCCACAAAAUGGAAACUUCCAUCAAGAAAUACUGGAGGACACUUCAGUAUUUCUUUUUAUUUUCUCCUCCCUAUGAAAGGAAGAGUGACUUCUCUGAUGCAUGAAAUUGGGGGUAGUUAUUGCACAUGUUCAAACCCCAACAAAGUAGGGUUUUAAGCCAAAUUUACAAACUGGGGGUGAUUCACCUUACAAAGAUGAUCGACCAAUUGGUUUUUCUAUUUACUUUAUUCUUGCUCUGUCACCCACGCUAGAAUUCAGUGAUGUGAUUAUAGCUCACUGCAGCCUCCAACUUCUGGACUCAGGUGAUCCUCCCACCUUAGCCUCCCAGGUAGCUGGGAGUACAGGUGCACACCACCACACCCAGGCUAGUUUUUCUAAAUAUUGGAGUUCCCAAAGAGUAUUCAAACUGAUGUGAUAUUUGAAAAGACAUUUUGUAAGCAUCUUUUAGGAAUAUCGGUAAGUGGAAGAAAAACACAUAGUUAUCAGUGGAUAUUUUGCCUGAGAGGCGUGAGAAAUAUAAUUGUUGUUUUGCUAGGUAUCAGCAGAGUGCUCUCUUAUAAUUUGUGUGAAAUGGAAACAACGGUAACAUCAUGUUUUCAAUUCACACAUAUAUACAAGUAAUGAGAGGUCCAGAAGGAAUGUUGCUCCAGCUCUGCUGCCACUGUGCCUCCUUUCUCCUACCCCACUCACCCCACAAAAAAGGCUAGACACUCAAAAAAAGCUGCGUUUAUCUACCUUUUAGAGAGGGUGAAUAGCAGAGAACUGGAGGUGGGAAUGAUAAGGAACUUCCAGCAGGAGAUUGCAGGGAAUGGGCUGACGCAUCUAAAGCGGAUGCCAGGUCCGCUCCCUACCUGGGUGGCCUCAGCAAAUGACGUCCAGGACAUCCAGGGGCAGGCUUGAGGGAGAACAGUCCCUGAAGCCAAAAACCUGCCAAGCUAAAUACAGUAGUUCUAAUGAAAUGUGAGAGGCUAUAAUCCCAUUUGGGAAAUUCCUAAAAAGUCAUGAGGCAGGGGAAUGGUUUAUGUUAUUAUCAUGACCUGAGAGUCAUGGCUCAGAGCCAAAUGUUCAGGAUUAAAUUCAACAGCAUUUAAAUUUCAUUAGAGUGAGAUGGAAAUAUGUUAGCAAUGCCUGCAGAGUGCCAAGUAAACGCAAAAGCCAAUGAGAUCAUAAAGGAAGUUGUUAGCUAACCUAGGUGGAGUCGCCAACUUCCUUCUACUCUAAUAAUUAAAAAUAAAAAUAAUACUUAGGAGGUAAUUUGAAUAGAGAUUCAAAAAUCAAACACCUCUGAAGGGUGAAAACUGGGAGCCUCCUCUUGCCAUAGUAACCAUAGCACUCAGGGCACUGUCUUCCAGCACUGGAGUACUGUCUUCUGACCUGAGAUCCUAAGCAACCUCUGCUCAUCUGAGAUGUCCACCAUAUUGCGGGCAUGAGUCCUUGACAACAGUAAAUAGUACAUCUGUUCCCUUGUUGGAUAAAUGAUUUUCCAAGCCUGAGAAUGUAUGGAACUCAUUAUGGAAAUAAUGCAAUAAUUCAAAUCCAUAAUAUUGAUACUUUCAUGUUAAGUUCAGGAACAAUCUUGUGUAUACUCCUUAAGUGAUUUGAAUAUUUAAAAAGCUUAUGAUUCCAAUUGGAAAUAUGAAAUUGAUUUUAAGUUUGUGAUUUGAAGUUGAAAGGUAUAAGAAUAUUUAACUUAGCUCAUUACAGUAUUAGACUAGAUUUACUAUGUUUAUAGGUGUAAUGUAUUAGAUUUACAAGAGAUGCUUAAAUAUAUGAGAAUAUUUUGUCUUAAUUGGCUAGAAUCUUGUCAUAUCAAUGAUUUGAAGUGCUAAAAUAGAAAAUCAAAUAUGAUAAAUUAUACAAGAAGUUUAGAAUGUUUAAGAGAUUUUAAUAAACAGAGCCUGUAACUGAGA